UGCAGUCAGCAUUGUACAUGUGUUUUACGGAUCGUGGAUGAUGGAACUUUGUAAACUUUGGAUGUAGAUUGUGAGUGUCGUUUUUGACACAUCCGUUUCAGUUUUUACUCUCAAGAAUACACUGGUGGAAUCGACAAUAUAAACACUUUUCUCGCCAACUAAAAUUAAUCAUUUAAUGCAGUAAAUGUUAUUGUAUCUCCUUUUUUUAAUGUAGGUUAGUUUUUGUUUUUUUUGUAGUUUCGGUUUCGGUUCCUUGUAUUCACUGUUAUAGUCGGUCUAAUUUCAAGUUAAGAUUUUUUAAAUAUUGUCUCAUUUUUAUUUAUAAAGCAUUUGCCAGGUGUGUGUUUGGUCACAGUUCGUAUAUAAAAGGCUUAGUAUGUUCUAUCAGUUGCUAGUCACUUCGUACCAUGGUCAUUUCGUACUAUAGACUAUAGGGUGUUCGCCGAGGCAGGAAAUGACGCAGUACGGCGCAUGCGCGUAAAACUGGUUGGCAAGAACCAUUUCUUUCAUUACAGCAAAUAGUAGUCGGUUCACAAAGGAAUUAGUUAUGAAUGGCCCUCUAUCACCGUAUGCGAGUUCCUUGGGCAACGAAGCGAAACAACAGUAUUACAAGAAGCUGCUUUAUAAUGGCGAAACGAAAACGUUGCCAGAUCCGUACAUUUUAACUGAAAAAUGGAGCACGAAUCCCAGCAACUGGCCAGAUUUGACUUUUGGUGAUAUUUACCUGUAUUUAAUCGACACGCCGUCCAUUUACAACAAAGAUUCCAUGAAAGCCUACAAAUCGUUGGAGGUAUACAAGUAUGUUGUUAGUGGGCAUGUGCAGGUUGUGCUGUCGAAUCCAGUGGACGAUAAAUGCCCAUUCAUGGCAAUGAAAGCAAAGGUGACUCCUUCACAAAGAGCGAGAGACAAGCCCCAUGAGCCAUGGGUUUACUUGGAGAAAAACAGUGGCACAGUUUACUGUGCACAUUGUACCUGUAUGGCCGGCUUAGGUGAAGUGUGCAGCCAUGUUGGAGCACUCUUGUUUAAGAUUGAGAUGGGUGUCAAGAUGGGUAUGACUCAAACCAGCUCAACUAGUCAGGCCUGUCAGUGGAAUAGUACUUUCCGAAAAGAGGUAAUUCCGACGACAAUCACUGACAUAUUUCACGACAUUAAAGGCAAGAGGACAAAGGAGAUCCAGACAGUUCAAGCAAGUGGAUCUGCAGCUUUACCACCUUCCGAAGAUCUACACAAGUUGUUUUCCCUAGUCCCAAAUGCUUCUUUUUUCACAUCAGUCUCCAUACCCGGUCUAACAGAUAAAAAUCCCCCUAUUGAUCAGAAUCCCCAAACUGCAAAAUACCCUAAAUUGCUAACAAGUUUCAGUGAACCAACUUCAGAAAACAAUACCUGACGUCAUGAUCAAUUGUCAGUGUUGCGGUAAAGGUACGUUGGAAAUUAAAUGUCCUUUCAAACACAGGGACAAGACUGUGCAGGAUGCAGCAACAACCGAUAAGGACUUUUGUCUAGACACCUCGCUGCACCUUAAAAGAAACCAUAGGUUUUACAGUCAAGUGCAGCUUCAGAUGUAUAUUGCUGAAUGCCAGUAUUGUGACUUUGUUGUUUUCCUUAAGUGUAAACCAGCUCCAAGUAUGGUCAUCGUAAGAUUAUCCAUUGAUGUAGACUUUUGUCAAAGCAUGAUUACAAAAUGUGAGCAAUUUGUAAAGAAUUUCAUAAUAAACUUUAUCCGAUGUCCUACCCCCAAAAGCCUGUGAUACAUAAGAAAUUGCCAACGAAAUUUAAUGGUGUUGUUAUGUUUAUAAUUUGACCAUGUUUGAGCCCUAGCUGUAAGUUGACCGGGUCUCUGAAUAAAAACUUCAAAACAAUCAAUGAUGCUGACACAUUUUGGGUAGGUUAUUUUAAUAACAUUAGACAUGUUUCUUAUGAGACUGUCUUUAUCAGGCCACUGAAUCAGAAAUGAAAGUUUUUCUGCUAAUUUUGGCAGUCCCUGGUUAAGAAUGUCGGAUAUUGUGGUCACAGACACACUGAACCUAUACGCCAAGUCCUUGUGCUGGAGAUUCAACCUAAGUUUCAUUAUUAUACACAUCAUUACACAUGUUGGGCUUAGAACUUUGCACGCUGGAAGUGCCGGGGAGCAAAAUGACAGCAGCCAUACAAAUAGAGCUUUUGACUGUAGACCUGUAUAAAACUGAAUUCUUUGAUCACUGGAUGUCAUCUGCUCCUCAAAACUCAGUGGACUUUCAUUCUGUUUUAAAAUCGCAUUCUCUGUUUGAAGUCUCCCUAACUCUUCAUAUAGCUGCUGGUUUUCUAUUCGCAAGGCAGCAAUUUUUUUAAUACAGCCACUGUGUAUGUCGACAUGUGGCUGCAAUUCUGAAAAAAGAAAUGUAUGUUAAGGGAUUGAUAAAAGUAAUACUUCAGUAUUAUGCAAAUCCUAAAAUACACCUCAAAAUACCUAUUAUACAUUGUAUAUUAUUCUACAUUUUCACCAUUUUGUUAAUAAAUGAACUAUAUACAUGUUACUUACUCACAAAUGUAUUAUCAUUUUACUAAGUGUUAAUUUGAAGUGUCCAUAAUAAUUUACCAGACUAAUACAAAAGCCUCUGAGGGUUAGUUAUUCCAACUUUUACAUAUUAUCACGAUGUACAUACAUGUGUAUAAUUAAGAUUUUUGAUUCACAUUAUGUCUGAUUUGUAUGUAUUUGUACGAUACAUUAAUAUUUCGCAAAGAUUAUGUCCAAAAUAUAAAACGUGUACAUAUGCAAAUAAAUGAUUGUGUACCUUCA